UUCGGUUCGGUCAGCGUCUUCCGCUCGACAUUAUGACGCUUCAUGUCCGCGUUUAAAAAGUUUUCGCGAUAUUUAUCAGAGAUAAUACUCGGUGUGAUAGUGAGGGAGAACGAAACUGUGAAGAUGGAGGCGAUUGAGGUGAUGGAUCCACUCGUCGCGGUUGCCUCGCACAACGGGGAGGGACAUUCCUGGCGAGGAAUCCGUCACGAGGGCACCCAGUCGUCUGACCAAGCCGAGGGGACUACAAUUUCGAAGAGUGACGACGAACAAAGAAGUCGCGACGAGGGGAUGGACGGGGCAGAGGAUUGUUGUCAACCGCUCAAUGAAUUGAGAAUAAAAAAAGAAUGCAAGGAGGAGAGCCCGGACAUGGACAGUGACGUCUUCCCGCAAAUCCCCCUCGAUAAUUCGGACUUCGAGGACGCCAGUGACUCCACUAGUCCCCAGGAGGCCGAGCUCGAAGUAAAGCCCGAAACAGUGAGUUACCCCGCGAACCCCAGCCCUGAAAUAACUAGCCAAACCGUUGAUUCGCCCGAGAUCUGCAGAGGGGAGGCACUCGUCAAGUUCGAGGCUGACUUGUCGCUCCCUGAGGGGACGAUCACCCAAGUGAAAGAUGCGAUAAAGCUCGAACUGGUGGAGCACUUGGACAACCCGCGAGUCCAGGACAUGGACUCGAUGAAGUCCCUCUGCGAGGAAAUGUCGAUUUACGCUGAGAGCACAGACCACAGCCUCAGCUUCAAGUCCCUGAACACCUCGGGGCACCUCCAGGGCCUCGAGGAGUUAAUAAUCACCGAGGGCAGCAGAUUUUCAGUCGAAAUGAGGGAAGAGAAUCGAGGAGACUCUUCAGACGAGGGCGAAGUCCCCUCAGGAGAAGAGAGUGAGGAAUUUGUCGAGGGGAACGAUUCCACCUUCAAACCCCCAGAGACCAAAGAUCUCACUGAAAUUCUCUCGGUGUUCGAUGCCACCAGUUUUUUCAGCGAGGAUAAUGACGAGUUUUUGAGUUGUGGGGACGAGAGGGGAGGAAUGACGCUGGAGAAUUCUGGAGGAGAAACUUCCCAAGAAUCGAAGGCUGAUGAAGACAUUUCUGGAUGGCUUGAUGAGGCAAUUGCACAGGCUCUGAGCGAUGCAGGGGAGAGUGGAAGCCCUGGAGGGGAGUCUGGAGCUACUCUUGAGGACUUGGAGGCCUCAGAAGUCGAUGGAACUCUUGGGGUUAAUGCUUCUUCAUCAAAUGAUUCAGAAGAGGAUAGGAGGGGGAGUCCAUCCACUUUCGUUGACGACGACCCCUUCAUGGAGAUCUCUAUUCAGACUCUGGAUUUCGACGAGGAGUUCUCGGAGGAGAGUGAGGAUGAGUCGACCUCCAGGGGGUCUCACUCCAGUCAAAAUCUAGAUGAUGUUGGGGUUGAUGGGGAUGUGGAGCCCAUGGAAAUCGCGAGCAGGGAAAGCUCCGUCGGGGAUCAACUCCUAUCAGUCGAGAAUCUCCAGGAAAAUAUUGAAAAUAUUCCUGAAAAUAUCUCGACUGAUAGUGAUGGAAUCGCUAAAGAUGAUGGGAUUGAAUUCCUCGAGGGGGAUAAUUGCAGAGAGAAAUUCCCCGAAAAGAUGGAAACUCAUGAGCCCAUCGAGGAAAUUAGUGCCACAGCCUCUGGAGCUGAAGUACCUGGAGAGAACUCGACUACUGGAGCACAAAAUCCAGAAGAUGAAAGUGAGUUCGAUGACACCCUCUCUUUAUCGACCACGAUAACCGACGAGUGUCUUGAUGAUGUCAUUGAGCUCGACGACAUCAUUGAGGACCUCGAGAGGGCGACUCCACUCGCUGAAUCGACGGGGAUAAACGUCUCCGUCGAGAUUAACGAGGGACUGAAGAGGAAAUUGGAGGAAUUUGGGGACGACGUUGGGGUUGAGCGAGCAGCCAAGGUACAGAGGUCUGAGGAGGCUCUGGGGGAUAACACUCCUGCCACUGACGUUCACGCAGUCGAGAGGGCGAACGUCACUGGAGAAGAAGAACUCCCCAGGGUUCAACAUGCGAUGGGCCAGUCAACGAAUGCAUCGAUUUCUCGUGAGAGAUCCCUCUGCAGAGAAGAGACGUCAACUUUAAAAAAUUCAGAAGGGGAAGGAACUCAAAGUGAUUCAGAUUCUGAUAUCGACGCGAGUCCCUGGCCUCGAAGACUGAGAAACGCAGCACGAAAGUACCUGAGUGACUCAUCAGAAGAGGCUGGUGAAUCCCCUGCAUCUCCUGCAAACCCAAACCUCCCAGAAGAUUCUCCAGAAAAUCCUCAAGACGACAAGCUCAAGCCAAAGAAGAAAUACCGAAAGCGUUUCUUCCUGAAAAAACCAAAAACAGUUACUCCGGCAUCAUCUCCAACUCCAGAGUCUCCAAACCGAGAGAGAAAGACACCAAGAGCCCCAAAGAAAACCCCUCGAGGUUUCAUGAAGGUCCUGAAGCCUCGAAGAAUUAAUUUAGACGACAUUUUAGACCCCCAGAAGAGAAAAAAUUCGUCCCCCAGGGGCUGCAAUUCCAGUGAUGAUGAGAACUCCCCCCGCGUCGUGAAGAAGCCCCCAGACUUGAGAAAAAAGAGAAAAUUGUUUCAUCUGAGUGAUUCAAUCGAGGACCUGUCAGAGUUCCUGGAGGAAUCGCCUGAGAGGCGCUUGGAGAGGCCAGAGGUGAUGAAGUCUCGAGUUAUCAGUGUGGAGUACUACAAGAACCAGGAGACACUCGUCCCCAGUCGUGGGGUCAAUAAUGAUUCUGAGACUCUUUUAACCCAGGGGAAGGACUCAGGGGACUUAAACUCUUCUUCUGGGGGUCAAGACCCUUCAAUCACUUCAAAAAACGAUUCAGAAGACUCUGAGGACAUUCAGAAGACCCUGGGGGACUUAUCAAAGGGUGAUGGAUCAAAUCCGGUGGAAGAGGAAUCAUCGGAAGCUUCGACAGCUGCUGGAGAAAAUUCUCAAGAAGAGAGUGGAGUAGACCUGGAGGAAGUGGACUCGACGAUUACCCCAUCUAAAUCUGGAGAAUCCCCUGAGGAUGGUGAUGAUCCAGUGGAGCUUCUUGCAACUCAAGUCUCUCACUGGAGGCCUUCAGUUACCUCUCAAGGUUCCACUAAAUUCCCUGGUGGAGUUGUUAAUGUGGGAGUCAACCUGAGUUCAUCUCAGGACGUGAAUAAAUAUUCAGAGUCUCCGAAAAUCGUUCAAGACGUCUCUGCAAUCCAGAAAUUCUCUUUAGAGACAUCUCCACAACAAGAAGAUGCAGUGGAACCCUUCUCCAAUCGCCCUCAAACCCCAUCAUCCCCGGAGCCUCCGACUCACUCAGACGAAGAGGAAAUACUUGAAGUGAUCUUACUACAGAGAAAAGAGAGAGAAAAAUCGUCUUCAACGCCAGACCUAGUGUAUCUGUCAGGUGACGAGGAAUCAUCACCAGCUGUGACUUCAGAGUUAACUCGACCCCUAAAAUUAUCCUCACCGAACCUCCCAGCCCUCUCCAAAGAUAAAAAGCCAGAAGAAGUUGGUCCAGAGCUAGAAAUAUUGGAGGAAGUGAGAGCUGGACUUUUAACAGACGUAGAAAUGUCAGAAGGGCAUUCACUCACUCAACCCCCUCAGCCCCUAGAAUCAUCCUCAUCGAACCUCCCCAACCCCUCAAAGGACAAAACCCCACAAGAAGUUAAUCCAGACCUACAAAUAUUGGAGGAAGUGAGGCCUAAACCCUCAUCAAAGGCCGAAAUGUCAGAAGGACCUCCCCUCACUCAUCCUCCUGCACCUUCCGAGCCCCCUCAAUCUCUGAAAUCACCCUCAGUUGACCAAACCCCUGAACAACUCGAUUCAGACCUGCAAAUACUGAAGAUAAUUAAACCUGGACCCCCCCCAGGAGAUCCCCCCCUUCCCUCCCAACUAAAAUCCCUCCCGCCUCUCCCCCUGAAAUCACCUCCCCCAGACCUCCCAACCUCCCCCGACACUCAAAACCCUGAAGACCCAGACCUUACGAUCCUGAAAGUGAUUGAACACCCUGGACCCCCUCCACCCCCAGUCUACACCCUCUCAGACGACGACUCCCCCCCGAAACCCCAGGAGAACCCCUCGCAACCCCCAACCCCCCGACACAUUUCCCAACUCCAAAAACGUUCCCUCCCCCCGAGGAGACCUUCAGAGCCCUCCUCCCCAAGUCCAGGAUCUUCCACCCAGUUGGAGCCUUACGUAGAGUACCCAACAGACGAUCCUAAGGGUUGGAACACAGACGACGACGACCUGAGUGAAUCAGAAGAAAAUAGUGGCGUCUCUGGCGAAGGCACAGAAGCUUCCUCAAUCGAAAAUCGGUCUGAAUCCCCCUCGCGCGACGAAGCAGACGACGAGGAUCCCGACGUUCACGAAGACUCUGCCCAGUCGAAGGACUCAGACUACGGCAGCAUCGACGUCAGCCAAAAGGUGGGGCUCCCCAAGAGCUUCACCGAAUUGAAGCUCAAGAAGCCCCCGCCAAAAACCGAGAAGCCCAAGGUCAAGGCUGAAAAGAAGCCUGCGUACCUGGAGGACCUCCCCAGGUCGAUAGACCCCGCCCUGGCCUCUAAGAAAACCAUCAAAACAAUCAAGAAGAUUUACUCUCAACUGCAGAGCAAGCCCACCCCCGAGAUGAGGAUAAAAACCCCGAAGAACCUGAGGGUGACCCUGUUCCCUCACCAGGAGCAGGCGCUCUCCUGGAUGCUGUGGAGGGAGUCCUGCGAGCCAGCUGGGGGUCUCCUCGCCGACGACAUGGGCCUCGGGAAGACGAUGAUCACCAUCGCACUGAUCAUGAAGUCCCUCGAGCUAGAAAAGAAGCGAAGGAAGCGGAACACCGAGAGGAGGAAGAACCUUGGGGGAACCCUGGUGGUCUGUCCCGCGAAUCUGAUUCGCCAGUGGUACGAGGAGAUAAAGCUCAAGGGAUCGAUCCCAAACGUCGAGAAGUACCACGGAACCAAGGAGAGGAACAUCGAGAUCCUUCGCCAGGCGUCCGUCGUCAUCACGAGUUACGACACCCUAGCGAAGAACAAAACGCAGGACCAGAUUCUCUUCAAGGUUCAGUGGAAGCGGGUGGUCUUGGACGAGGCGCACGUCGUGAGGAAUCCGUUGAGCCUGAGGUCUCCACUGGUGGCGGACCUGAAGACCGAGAAGCGAUGGGCGCUGACGGGGACCCCCAUCCACAACGAGGUGAAGGACAUCUUCCCGGUCCUGAGGUUCCUGAAGGUGGAGCCCUUCGACAAUCUGGGGCACUUCAGCAAGUGGAUGGGGAGCAACGAUGACGAUGGCGCAGCUCGGCUCUACUACAUCAUGAAGUGCGUGAUGUUGAGGAGAACGAAGAAGGCUCUGGUGGCUGAUGACCUUAUGCCAGGACUCCCUGCGAAGAGCGAUCACGUGGUUGACGUUGUCCUGGAGGCGGAGGAGAGGCUUGUAUACGACAGGGUGAUGAUAUACUCGAGAACUUUGUUCGUUCAACUUCUGCAUCAGAGGAGUGAGAAGGAGAGGAAGGAGGCGAUGGGAAAGGACUACAGGAUGAAUUUGAAUUAUUCUUCUGUGAAGCUGACACCGAGUCAGGUGAAGCUCUUGAGGAGGCGGGGGAACGUGGGGAGUCAUCACAUCCUGGCGUUGAUCGUGAGGCUGAGGCAGAGCUGCUGUCAUCCAGCUUUGAUUAAGGAUAUGCUGGACGCUGAGGACUUGGAGGGGGUGGGGGCGGAGAGCGUCGGGAAGAAGGCGUUGAAGGAGGUUAAUAAGGAGGUUCUGCAGGAGCUGGAGGAGUUCGGAGGGGACGAUGGGAGCAUUGGGGUGGAUAGGAGGGUCGUGGAGGAUCGCAGCUUCUGGAGGAAGGAGAAUCCGGUGUUUGGGGAGGAGAGAGUCUCCUCGAAGAUGAAGGCUGUGUUGGAGGAGGUCAAGAGGGUUGUCGGGAGGGGGGAGAAGGUGGUGGUGGUGUCAGACUGGGUGAGGUAUUUGAAAAUCAUUGGGAAGCAGCUGGAGGAUCCUGAGAAGAUGCCUGAGACCAGGGGGAGGGUCGCCUACUACACUGGGGGGACCGAUUUCAAAACCAGGGAUGGAAUCGUCAGGAGGUUUAAUGAGGGGAGAAGGGGGAAGAAUGAGGAGGAGAUCAUGGUUUUGUUGUUGUCGCUGAAGGCUGGGGGACAGGGGCUCAAUCUCAUGGGGGCGAAUCAUGUGAUGAUUGUGGAUGUCCAUUGGAAUCCACAGCUAGAGGUCCAGGCGGAGGACAGGGUCUACAGGAUUGGGCAGACCAGGAAUGUGGUUAUACACAGGUUCAUCUGCCAGGAUACUAUUGAGGAGAGGAUUGUCGAGCUGCAGAAGAGGAAGCUUGCGCUUGCUGAGGCUGUCCUCGCUGGCAGCAGGCAGGGGCAGAUCAGGAGCCUACAGCUGAGGGAGAUGUGCUCGCUGUUUGGGUUGUGAUAAGGCAAGAAGUUUUUUAUUUUUUAGUUUAAGAGCGGUGUUUGGAUAAAUGGGAAAUGUUCUUUUUAAAUGAGAGUGAGGACGAAGAUGUUUUGAGAAUAUUCGGCGGAAAGUAUUCUAGUGUUUAUGGAAAAUCAGGGGAUUUUUGCAUUUGAAGACUCUAUUUCGGUUGAGUUAGAGGAAUAAGUGAAGAAGAGUUUUCGAGGGCGAUUUUCAGUCAUUGGGAGUAAAUUUCUUGAAAGAUUGAUUUUUCUUUCUUGAAUUUAUUUGUCGAAAACGUAAGUGUUUGGUAUAUUUUCUCAGAAUUUUAUGUGCAAAAUGCAAUAGUUGAAAGAGUUUUUAGUCUUAAAAGCCUCUUAAAGAUUGGCAAUUUUCUUUUAUGAAUUAAACAACGAACGAGAAUAAGAUUUGAAACGUGAAGAAAUUUACGUAUCUAUGAAUUUAACUAGGAUUGGAAGGAUUACACACGUUGAUCGCGAAUUAAAAGUAUCCGAUUCUUCCUUGAGAAGAACUUGAACACUAUCUCCUUUCUUAAUUCAUAAGAAAGAUGAGAUUUAGUUGUCAAAGUGUGAGUUCAUUCAUUUUGAGAAUCUAGUUAUUUAGAAUUUGGUUCAUUAAACGAUAUUAAUGCUAUUCUUUUUAGUUUUUCACGUUUAUUCAUGUUUAUCCGUAAAAAUGUACAAUAUCUCAAUAUUUAGUCAUUAGGAGACGUGAGAAAGCUUCAUCAAAAGAUUAAGAAAACUUAAGGAUUAUUCACAUUAAUAAUUAAACUGCUCAAUUCGACAGAUGAGAAUUAAUCUUUGAGUAAAAAAAUCGUUAAUUUAAUAGUUAUUAGGAUUUAUUGUGAAACAAUGUAAAAUAUCUUAUCAUUGUCAUUUAUUAGAGUAUGUACAGACUAUUCGUUACGUUGUCUCAGAGUUUAUGUGGUUGUCUCUGUGUGUGCUGUGCCAUACGCCGUAGAAAAAGUAGAUCGAUAGACCUGGUGAAUACAAACGAGAGCGUAAACGUUUAUUUUUGAUAAAAUAGGAUUAUUUAAUAAUGAGAGAAAUAACGAAAAAACAAUUAGAUUAAUCGUAACUUGAGUUGGGACUUACCCACUACCAUCCACAAGGCGAAUCGUAUCCAGGUCAUGAUGUCCAGCAUCACCAUUAGGUAGAUGUUGAUGAUGAUGCUCAAGGCAGGGAGAAAGGGCACCAGUGGGACCUGAUUAUUAAUUAAGAGUGAAACGAUAACUUUAGUCUGGGGCCUUUAAAAAUUUCAAUAUGUGGGGGUUUCUGACUAAUUAUUGGCAUAGUUUUGUACCUACAAUACUUUUGUGCAUUCAAAAGACAUCAGAAAAUUUUU